AUGGAAACAUCAGAAAUAACAGAUGUAAAAGACAAUGAAUCCGCGCCUGUAUCAGUUGUUAAUGAUUCUGCAAGUGAAAAAAAAUUGACAGAUCAUAUAUCUAAUCGGGAGGAUCUUACUUCGUACUUUGAGGAAAGUAAUCACAGUAAUAAUAAAGUUUACCGAACUAAGAUACCUAAAAUAUGUCUAGAUGAACCUUGUAUGCUGGGAGUUGAUGAAGCAGGUAGAGGACCGGUAUUAGGACCUAUGGUUUAUGGCAUUACUUUCACUCCCUUGUCGAAGAAACAACUUCUAGUAGACAUUGGAUGUGCUGAUUCUAAAACUCUUUCCGAAGAAGAACGCGAUGGAAUAUUUGAUAAAAUAAUAGAACACCCUGAAGAAAUAGGGUGGGCUGUUGAAGCAAUAUCACCUACGUUUAUUUGUAAUAGCAUGUACCAAAGAUGUAAAUCAUCCUUGAAUGAAGUAUCAAUGAAUUCUGCGAUUGGACUGAUAAAAGGCGCUAUUGAAGCAGGAGUUAAUAUUGAAGAGAUAUAUGUUGACACAGUUGGAAAACCCGGAAAAUAUCAAGAUAAAUUGAAGAGUAUUUUUCCAGAAAUAAAAACUUUAAUUGUUGCUAAAAAAGCUGAUUCAACUUAUCCCGUCGUAAGUGCCGCUAGUAUAUGUGCUAAAGUCUCAAGAGAUCAUGCAUUAAGAGCUUGGCAAUUUCGUGAAGGCGAACCGAAGGGUGAUUAUGGUACCGGUUAUCCACAUGAUACUGUAACUAAACAAUGGUUAACUGAUAAUAUUGAUCCAGUAUUUGGUUUUCCGCAAAUAGUAAGGUUUAGUUGGUCGACAGCUGAAAAAAUUCUUGAAACUGACGCUGAAACUGUUGAAUGGGAAAAUAUUGAAAGUGCUUCUGUACCAAAAAAGCAAAAAAUUUCAAGUUUUUUCCUUGCUCUUUCUGAAGAUGGUCAGAUGCAGAAAAAGAAACAUGAUUUUUUUACCAAUCGAUGCAUUACAAAUACCAUCAAAUUAUAA